AUGUCGCUCAUUUCGAUCUCGAAAAAAAUCGCGAAAAAAUCGUCGAUUUUUUAUUCGCACUUUUUCGAAAAUCACAAUACACAACCUCAACAGCCAACCUUUGAAGCAGCAGAGCACCUGGAGAGUUUGUGCACUGGUGUUCAAGAGACUAUCACCUCUCUUCCAUCAGAAGAAUCAACAUCAUCAAAUGAUUUUACAAACGCAACACCUCUCGCUGAGCAUAAUCUAGAAUCCAUGGAAAACACAACAACAGCACCCACAGAAUUUUAUAAUUCUGCAAAUAUAAUUAUAGAGGAGUUAUCGCCGCAAUCCCUACCAUCUUCUACUGCGUCGUCAUCAUCCACCCAAGAAGAAGACAUCAAACCAAGUACCCAAGCACGGAACAAACAAGAGGAUGUUGAUGAACAAAUACAAGAAACAAAAUUUCAUAUCAAUGAAUAUAAUAACAGGCUUUUGAAUCAAAUUUUGGAAAUGAAUUCAAUCAGCAAUUUGGAGAAUGUCGCAAGUCAAGCUAUUAAUAUGAAUUCGGAUGUCAUCCAUAGUGGAGACAAUUUUACCACGCAUCAACAACAAGUUUCUAGUUUACCAAAUAGUAUGCAUGGCUCUUUACCACACUAUCAUGUCAUUCAAUGUUUAAUUUAUUGGGAUUACGAAAAUAUUUCACUCUCUUCAAACAUGAUUCCUUCAUCACAAAUAGUCUCUAAAUUGGAGGAACAAAAAAGUAACAUUACCACAACUAGCUUGUUUUUGACAUGCCUAUUGACAAGGCUGGAAAAAGAAUUAACCAAUUAUUAUGCCACUCAAUUUCCAAAUUCAAAUGUUAUCAUUAAGGUUAAUGCACCAUUUAUAAAGGUCUAUGGAGAUAUGUACCAAAUUCCAAAAUAUAGAAGAACAGAGUUUUAUCAAAAUGGAUGCCAUCUUAUUGAUGUUCCACAUUUAGGCACAACAAGAAAAGAGGUUGUUGAUAAGAUGAUGAUUACAGAUGUAUUAAUGGACUUGAAUAUUUUCAGUAGACCAAUUUUUCCUCAGUUCUUUGGCCACAAUCAUUAUUCCAUGUCAUUCUACAAUACUAUCCCAAGCUCAGCAAUUAUUCUAUUAACUGGAGAUCAAGAUUUUUGUAACUUAUUGGCUAGGUUGAAAUAUCAAUCGAUUCCAAGUGUUGUAGUGAUCAAAAAAGACCAAAGUCAACACGGAGGAUCCGUAUUUGACGAGGAUCAAUCACUAAAUACCUUAUUACAAAGCAGUACAUUUUGGAUCCCAUUUGAAGAGAUUCUAAAUGACUCCAUUGCUGGAAUGGAGCAAGAAAAACGUAGACUUUUGCAAGGAGGAGGCUUACAAAUGCCAUCAUCCAAGGAGAGUACAACUACGCCUGCGGUAGUGGACAUUACUUCGUCUCCUGUGAAACCUUCAAAAUCCAAAACUCAAAUGACGUUGGAUGAAUAUAUUGAAUCUGUUGCUCCUCAGACACCUCGAGAGCUCGUUCCAAAAGAUAUCAAAUUAAUCAGUUUCAUAUUAUUGAAAUAUUUAGAACCUUUAGAGCUAGGAAAUCUAAGCUCCAAGUUGGUUAAUUUAAACAUCCAACCCAAGAAAUUGAAGAAAUUUAUUGAGAGCUAUGAUAGUGGCAAGUUUUUAGAAUUAACAAAGGCCAACAACUCUACAAAUAUCAUUCUAGUUGAUAGAAAAAAGGUGCUAAAGCUUUUACCCUCCAAUGUCAAAGUGUCUACCAUGCCUGUAAAGACAACGAGCACUGGAGCCGAAAGCCUCUCAUCCAUCAUUUCGCAGGAAAUUCCAAAAGAAUCUCGUGUUAAAAAAGAAGUUGUUAGCACUCCAACAUUGUUAAAUGAGGUUUCAUCAUUGCAACCCCUUGCAGCUAGCGAUGAGGUAUCAAAAACGGUAGAAAUCGAGUUAAAACCAUUGUCAAGAAAUUCUGCUCAUGAAACAAGCCAAGCUAGUGUAGAAGAGAACAAUGAACAAGAGAUGAUCGAUACUGACAAAAAUUCUCUUCCUUCUGCAUCUUCUCAUAUGAGCCUUGAAAAUUAUAUGCUACGUUAUCUGUCUCCACCAAACAAGCGUGAUCUGGACAUUAAUGACAUGCACUUGAUAUGUUUUUUAUUGCUCUUGGAGGAUAGUAUGGAGUUAGGUGCAUUAAGCAAUAGAUUGUUUACAUAUAAUAUCAAGCCAAAAGCUUUGAAAAAGAAGUUAAUUGAGUUUAACACUAUGGGAGAUAAGAAUGGAAAUCUUGUUGGAAUUUUCAAAUUGGAACAAAAAGGAAACAUGUUGUUGAUCUCAUUAACAGACAGAGACACUGUAUUAAGUUUGAUUCCUGAAAAUGUUGAAUAUAUUCCUCCCAAAUAUCCUUCCUUGUCUUCCAUGCUCUUGUUUGACGAGCAAAAUUAUGAAGAUUCAACCCAGCCUAAUGACUCACAUAUUAGCGAAGAUUUAUGGAAUGGUUCCUAUGAAAACGAAGAUGUAAAUAGCUCAUCCAACCCAUUAAUAUCACCAAAUAUGCAAUCUCUCAUUCCCAAGCAACAACAACCAUCAUGGUUGUUAAACCAAACGAAACCUUCCAAUACUUUGUUACAAAAGAAGAGCAAUGAAUCACCGAGCUCCUCUCCAACCUUACUCUUACUGAGAAGUGGACAAGAAUUGCCAAUUCCUUCAUUCAAGAGAAAAGAAGAAACAGGAAAAAGUGUAAAACCUCCUCCUUCCACCGAAGAUCAUGAUGAUACACAAAGUACAACCUCAGACUCGAGCACAGCUAGCAAAAAGAGUAUUAGCAAUGAUUUAUUACUUGAACUAGAAAGUAAGGUGAAGGAAAUGCCAAAUCGAAGAAUGAGUUACAUGGCCUUGAAAAAGUAUUACAAAUCUCUUGGAUACAACACGAAACAUUUACAGCGCAAAAUUUCCCAAAUAUCUCCACAUUUAACAGUUGUACAGAGAGGAAAUGACAUGAUGGUCGAAUAUUCAGAUAACAAAUCAUCUGGACUAGGAGAUUCUAAAAAAGAGCCAAAGAUUGCAACAUUCCACAGUAUUUUACUAAUCAUUGAACAAUUGUCCAAAGACUAUCCAUACGAAGCAGAUUUAUCUGUCGUUGGUACUUUGAUCAAACAAUUAGGUUGGAAAAUUGAGGGUAAUAUGAAACUUAAGGAUUUUCUCCAAAUGAACGACACGUCUCAGAUUUUGCAAUUUGACAAGUCGAAAAACAAUUGGAUCGUCAGACUCAAAAAACACCCCUUGAGAAAACAGUAA